UUGCUGCGUCAAAACAUAAAAGUAACGAAAUGUAAACAUGCAGAACGACAAACUGGUAGAAGGACACAUAAAAAUCGAAAACUUGGGGGUUAAAAAACACUGAUCGACAAGGCCAAGACUUUAAAACAACAAAAGAUAAUUUCUAAAGAAUCUUGUAUUACAAUGCCUCAAGAAUUCCAUGUAUUACAAUGUUACAAAUGUCAAACCUUUCAAGUUCAACAGGUGAAAAAAGCCAAAAAAUGGGCUUGCAAGAUGUGUGGAGAGAAACAGUCUAUUUUAAGAGUUUAUGGGCGUGGCAGUGGAGCAGAUUGUCGACGUCAUGUUCAAAGUUUAAAUGGUCUUCGAGGUAAACUUGAUGAAAAUAAAGAACAUCGAGUGAUGACUGCUAGAAGUUUAGAAGAAAAUGAUUCGUGUGUUAAUAACUUCCAGAUUGAUGAAGCGGAAGUAUCCAAUAUACCUGUAGCGAGUAAAUGGAGUAAUUAUAUUGACACUGACGCCGUCGAGACAACAAACGAAAUAAACGGUUCCAAUAAUGAUGAUAAUUUAUAUACAACGGAGAAAUCGCAGUUUGAUGAAGCAAGAAAAUCUUAUUAUAAAAAACAAAAACAGUGAGUGAAACCAACCUCUUGUCCAUCCAAGGAGGAGACACAUAGUCAAAUUAUCCGCCCUUAAUACUUCUGCUGUUUUUAUCAACCAGUCGAGUGGACAAAGGGAGAGAAAACUAUAAACAAUAUGGUCGCCAACAAAAGCAGGCUUGUAGGGGAGAUAACUACCAAGAUGGUGAAAGUACUAAGAAAAAGCGCUAUAGGGAAAUUUUUACUGAUACACACUUUCAAACCAAGACCGAUAUAAAAAGACUUCCAGAUAACUGUCUGAUUUCUAAACCAGCAAAAAGAACAAAAUGGGAUGAGUUUUUGACACACGAAAUUAGCGAAUUUGAUCACGAUACAUCUGAAACAGAUACAAAUUUUAACGAAAUUCCGUCACAAAAUAUUAUGGAUAAAAAUGAUCGGACAUUGCUGACAAACCAAAUGGCCUUGAAUGAUGAUUCUGAAGCAGAUACAAAUUUAAACCAAAUUCUGUCACAAAAUAUCGUAGAUAAAAAUGAACGGAAAUCGCAGAAAAACAAAAUGGCCGUGAAUAAAACAAUGGAUAUUCCCAAUUCAACGUUUGAUAUUCUUGAUUAUGAGGAAUUUUUAGAAGACGAUAUCGUGACAUCUAAUGUUAAGAUAGGUAUCACCAAAUCUGCUCAAACUAGACCAACAAAACAGUCCAAGUGGGAUUUUUAUACCAGCCCAGAUGUUUCAGAUGAAGAGGCAGACACUUAUCCCAUUCAUGAUUGUUUUCAUCCUUUAGAAUCAGAUUCCAAAUCUCUAAAUUAUAAUUGCCAUGCAAUUAGAAAGGAUUGCCCCAUUUUAGAAAAGACAGAAAAUUGCACUUCUAGUAAUAAUUUUGAACCCCAGCCAGUUACUAUACAGUCAAAACGUGAUAUAAUGCCUGUAUUUCACCCCCAGCCAGUUACUAAACGUGAUAUAAAGUCUGUAUUUCACCCCCAGCCAGUUAGUAAACGUGAUAUAACGCAUGUAUUACACCUAGAGCCAGUUACGCCUGUAUUUCAUCCCCAGACAGAUAAUAAACGUGAUAUAAUGCCUGUAUUUCACCCCCAGUCAGUUACUAAACAUGAAAUAACACAUGUUUUACACCCCCAGACAGAUACUAAACGUGAUAUAACGCCUGUAUUACACCCCCAGACAGAUACUAAACGUGAUAUAACACCUGUAUUUCAUCCCCAGACAGAUACUAAACGUGAUAUAACACCUGUAUUUCAUCCCCAGACAGAUACUAAACGUGAUAUAACACCUGUAUUUCAUCCCCAGACAGAUACUAAAUGUGAUAUAAUGCCUAUAUUUCAAGUAGAUGAUUUUAAUGAUGCUGAAUUUGAAUUUCUGGUUUAAAAAUA